AUGGCCGAACAGCCGAGCCGGUGUCCUCUUUUGUCGGCAGAAUACUCAAAUCUCAGCUGCCAAUUGGACCCAUACGAAUUCAGCAGGGCCAGGGAAAAUACGACCAAGACUGGCACCCGUGGCUGUGUGGUGGAGUUGAAACUGCGGUACGAUAUGCACAACCGAGAAUUUAAUAACUUUGAGGAUACUUUUGAGAUGAUGAGGAAGCCUCAGCUACGCGUCAAUGAAAUGUGCAUUGAUGCGUGUCGGAAUGAAGAAGUGCACACUUCGGUCCUUCUCGACGACGACGGCAAACCCCUCUUGGCCAUCAGUCGUCUGACGGUACUUUGGAGUUCAGGCCAGCCUAGUCUGCGAGGCAUCCUCCUUUGGCUGCCAUAG